AUUAUUAUAAUUUUUGUUGUGCUAACGUCGACACACACGCACACACACAUACAAACAUAUAUAUAUAUAUAUUCGUUCGUGCUACUAUUGUGCAUAUAAAUUUGCAAUUGUUAUUAAAGUUAGAAUGGAUCGCAUCUUCAACAGCGGCUAUAACAAUCAACUGAAGCAUAUUGGCAAUGCAGAGGCGAAGCGCAUGGCGCUUAAGCUAGUUGGAUUCUAUGCUGUGGGCUGGACCCUGCGUAAAUUACUCAAAUGAAUGAUCAAAAUGUAUUGUAAACUUGCUCUUCUCUCAAUGUAUUUUGGAUGUUUGUAACGCGCUAGCUGCCAGCUGUCUAAAUUCUAUGUAUCGCGAUAAAUAAAUAAGAGAAACUAUAAA